CUGAGACCAAAAUAAACAAAGAAAUCUACCCUAAAAUCACCAGGAUUUGAAAAACCAGUCUCCCCAAAAACUCUUCAUUUAUUUUUUAGCUUUUCUUGAAAGUUUCAACUUUCAUAUUGGUUUGUGUUUUAUCUUGGAUCUUUUCCCUUUCCUUUAAAAUUCCCCCUUUUGCAUAUAGAGAGAGAGAGAGAAAAAGAUAGAAUCUUUCCAUUCUUCACUUUAUUUCUUUUUCUGGGACUUCCAAUUCUUGUUUGAUUGAAUCCAUUUUCUCCGUUGUUUCUGAUCAAAAUUAGCAAAUUCAUGAUUUGGAUGUUAUAAUAUAAUAUAAAAAGAUUGUAUUUUUAGGAUUUUCAUGGGCGAGUUUAGGGAACCAAACGACGGCGUUUCAGUAACAGAGGAGGAGGAGAUACCAGCACCGUCGCCGUCGACGUUCUUCUUGUUAUCUUCUUCAGCGGUAUUGUCAAACCCAAGUGUAUCUGAUAUUGGGCCUGAGAGGUGGGCCAAGGCAGAGAAAGCGACCCAGAACAUUAUUCGGGUAGUCCAGCCCACUGCUGUGUCCGAAGACCGGAGACGAGCUGUUAUUGAUUAUGUUCAGAGGUUGAUCGGAGGUUGUCUUGGGUGUGAGGUUUUCCCUUAUGGUUCUGUCCCAUUAAAGACCUAUCUUCCUGAUGGAGAUAUUGAUUUGACCGCAUUUGGUGGCACAAAUUUUGAGGAUGCCUUGGCUAAUGAUAUGGUAUCUGUACUUGAAGCAGAAGAUCAAAAUAAAGCUGCAGAAUUCGUCGUAAAAGACGUGCAGAUGAUUCGCUCUGAGGUUAAACUUGUAAAAUGCAUUGUGCAGAACAUAGUUGUUGAUAUUUCCUUCAACCAAAUAGGCGGUCUUUGUACUCUCUGCUUUCUUGAGCAGGUUGAUCGCCUCAUUGGAAAGGAUCAUCUAUUUAAGCGCAGCAUUAUCUUGAUAAAAACUUGGUGUUAUUAUGAAAGCCGGAUUCUUGGUGCUCAUCAUGGCUUGAUUUCUACUUAUGCCUUAGAAACUUUGGUUCUAUACAUCUUCCAUUUUUUUCACUCAACACUAGAUGGCCCCUUAGCAGUUCUUUAUAAAUUUUUGGACUACUUUAGCAAGUUCGAUUGGGAAAACUGUUGUGUUAGUCUAACUGGGCCUGUUCGCAUAUCCUCUUUACCAGAAUCUGUUGUUGAGAUGCCUGAAACAGAUGGUGGUGAUUUACUGCUCAGCAAUGAUUUUGUUAGAUAUUGUCUCGACAUGUUUUCGGUGCCUUCUAAAGGCGGUGAUUCGAAUUCCCGGACAUUUCUGCGAAAGCAUCUUAACAUAAUUGAUCCUCUAAAGGAAAAUAACAAUCUUGGUCGCAGUGUUAGUCAAGGGAAUUUCUUCCGAAUACGAAGUGCUUUCAGUUAUGGGGCUAGGAAGCUGGGCAGUAUACUUAUCCAGUCUGAGGAUAAAAUUGCGGAGGAACUUUAUAAGUUUUUUCCUAAUACUAUGGAUCGGCAUGGUAGCGGAGAGAGGCCUGAUGUUCAAGAUAUGAUCAAUGGCUUCUGUCCUGCAUCUCCUGCUCCAGAUUUUGAACCAUCACGAAUAAAUUCUGAUUUGAAUUCUGCCAGUGAUAGCGGAAUUUUUAGGCUCAAUCCUGAUGAAUCUUGUUGCAGAGAAGAUGGACAUCAUAAAAGCAUUACAGAUAGCCAUGAAAAGGGGAGCCCUUUGGGUUACCGUCUUUCUGGGGAUGCAGCAGAUCUUGCCAGCUCCAUGGAGAAUGGCCUUUCAAUAUCUACUCAUAUUCCUCAACUUACUGAUUCAAGUAGCAAAAAGUGCCAAUCAACAACUAAGGCCAUGCCUUAUCAUGCACCUCAUCUUUAUUUCACCAACUCCCUUGUGUGCAAUGGGGAGAUGAAAAAUGAGAAGAGAGUUUCAUCUGGGUCAUCGCUGCCUACGUCUGAUGAGGGAAGGGACUUUACUGUCGAUGGCUUGAAGCAGACUGUAUUGGAUGUUAAAGAAGCUGUCUCUUCUACACCAAAAGCAUAUGGUUGCUCUGAAGAUUUGAACUGGGAUUUGGCCUCAACAAAUGGUGCUGGGAUUCCUUCGAAAGCUUUGUCUGAUCUAAGUGGGGACUAUGACAAUUACUUCAACUAUUUGCAGUAUGGCCGCUGGUGUUAUGAAUAUGCCUCGAAUCUGCCUGUACCUCCAGCACCACCGUCUCCAUUUCACAUCAAGUAUUCAUGGGAAGCUGCUCAGCAACCGUCAUAUAUGAAAAGGAAUGGUUUUUCUCAUGGUAGUACAAAUGGUGUUAUCCCAAGUCAAGCCUUCUAUACCAUAAACCCAAUGUUAGUACAUGGCAUGCCUUAUGCCUUGGAAGAGAUGCCAAAGCCACGGGGAACUGGGACUUACUUCCCAAACUUGAAUCGUCCUCCACAAGGUUAUAGGCCGUCAAUGGUGAAGGGUAGACAUCAAGCAGGAUUGAGAUCUCCCCGAACUAAUGGCCGGGCGACUUUCACGGAGAUGCACACACUUGAGAGAAGCUUCCAUGAGCAGCCACAGCCUGAAUCUUCUGCUGAUCAAAGCGAUGUCCACCCUUUAUUUUCCCCUCGUGGGAGAGGACACCGUAGUAGCAUGACUGCUCUGGUUGUACAGUCGGAGGGAGUGGUUGAGUUUGGUUCUGUUGGCCUGGUGCCUCUGGGAACGAGCAUCUCCGAAAGAACAAGGCAAGAAAAACCUGUCUCUCCACCUACUCGACAGACCAGCCCAGUAUCUCCGAUACCAGGGAUGCAGAGGUCAAAUUCUGUUUUUAGUAAGGAUCUUGAUAGGCUUGCUCUCAAGUCAUCAUCAUACCAUCUAAAAGAUGAAGAUGAUUUCCCUCCUUUGUCUUUCUGAAUUGUGGAAUGCUCCUGCUAUUUUAUCACCAAAGAGGAUCGGUUUCAGCCUCGUCGUCUUCCUCCUCAGUUCAUGUACCAUUACUAUUUGCAAUGUGUUAUUUCAUUUGAGGUGUUUGUACAUUAUUAUUCCCCACAGCUGCCCACUUACACAUUAUGUAUAGGAUGUUAAAAUCAUAGAAUUUUUUUAAAGAGGCUGUGCUGUUGAUUAUAAGUUGUAGCCUAGUUACUAUAAGAUCAUGACUUGUGGUUAAGUUAAUCACUUGUAACAAAAGAUAGGGAAUGUAUGGAGUUGUAGGAUUGUGAACAUGCCUUACAUAUUCUGGUUUUACAACAUUGCUUCUGCUCUGUAUCAAAUAUCAUGAUAUUUGGGGGAUAGCAUACUCAAGUUCAGUA